AUGUCGUCGACCAACAACGCCACACUCCCAUCAUCUUCUUCUUCGGAGGCACAGCUAACCGACACGGAUCCACUCUUUCACAACACCUUUUCAUCCCAAAAUUCCUAUGAACAUGAAAUUUCCGACUUGUUUACAUCUCUCAAAAACUCCACACCUAACAGCAACAACUCUUUCACAAGAUCCGAUUUGGACAAUUAUUCUAAAUUGCUACAAAAAUUGAGACAAAAUAUUCAAUUGUAUGAAAUGAAUGAAUCUUCGUCAUCAUCGAGCAAACAAGUCAACGCUCAACAAUACAAACAACAAUUAAAAUACUAUCAAAAUAGAUACAAUGUGUUAGAGAGACAAUAUUUAUUAAGUCAACAUGUGAUUGGAGGAAGUAGUACGAGUUCAAAUAAUAAUAUUGGUAGUGACAAUGAUGAUGAAUUUGAUGAUGACAAUAUUGAUUUGGAAUACGGUGGUGGAUUUAACAUAUCCAACAACAAGAAUAGUAGAAAUACCAAUAAGCAUUUCAUUGAAACUCAACGAUUACUCGAAUCGAGUAGUGACAGUUUACAAAGAUCUCUUCAAAUGAUGGAUGAAACAGAACAAUUAGGAUCAGAAACAUUACAAGUAUUGGGUGCACAAAAAUCUCAAAUGCAAGAAACGAAACAUAAAUUGAGAGGUGUUCAAGGAGAUUUGAAAAUUAGUGAACAAUUAAUUGGUAGUAUGACUUGUAGAAAUUAUAUCAUUAUGGGUGUGGUUGGAUUAUUGGGAGUCAUUGUCAUUGUAUUAAUUGGUUUGAUGAUUUAUGGAUGGGUGAGCAAGUUGAAACAAUAA